CAACAAUUAUGAACGGGCUGAACACAGUCAAUAUUUGUGACAGACUACGUAUGAUGCGCGUUUUCAUGUUUGUGGUGCAAAUGUUGUUUCUUCCUCACACCGUGUAAACAGAUUGCCUGUUGAGGAUGGUUCCCUUGUCUUUGCAGGGUCCUCACCGGAUCUGCCCCGAACGUCGACACGGCAUCACAACAUCCACUUUACUGUUGUCAUGUUCGGCCAUAGUAACAUUGAAGCGCUCCUCCCUCCGUACUCAUAUCGCUCUAGGGCAAUUGAUUGAAGGCACCUUUGGAGGGAGCUUACCAUCGAGCACCCCGCUUCCCCGCUCACGACAGUCAGGGUUAUCCUCGUAAAUAUCGCUGUUGUGAAGGUUGGACAGAUUACUCAAGGACCGAGGGUUUGCUUCAUUCUAACGACGCGUUU